AGCGCGGCGGCGGGGCCGGCCGCGGGAGCCGGCGGGGAGAGGCCGCGGGGCAUGCCAGCCGCUCGCCCCGAUGUUUCCCUGGAGCAAGUGGAAGAAGAGGAUGGGAGCGAGCGCCUCCUCUUCCAAGAGACCCGUCUUCGACGAGCGGGAGGACGUGAACUUUGACCACUUCCAGAUUCUCCGGGCCAUUGGGAAGGGAAGCUUUGGCAAGGUGUGCAUUGUGCAGAAGAGGGACACGGAGAAGAUGUAUGCCAUGAAGUACAUGAACAAGCAGCAGUGCAUUGAGAGGGACGAGGUGCGCAACGUGUUCCGAGAGCUGGAGAUCCUGCAGGAGAUCGAGCACGUGUUCCUGGUGAAUCUCUGGUAUUCCUUCCAGGAUGAGGAGGACAUGUUCAUGGUGGUGGACCUGCUCCUGGGAGGGGACCUGCGCUACCACCUGCAGCAGAAUGUUCAGUUCACUGAGGAGAUGGUCAAACUCUACAUCUGUGAGAUGGCGCUGGCCCUCGACUACCUGCGGAGUCAGCACAUCAUCCACAGAGAUGUAAAACCAGACAACAUCCUCCUCGAUGAACAAGGUCAUGCCCAUUUAACAGAUUUUAAUAUUGCAACCAUCAUUAGGGACGGUGAAAGAGCGACAGCAUUGGCUGGGACAAAGCCAUACAUGGCCCCGGAGAUUUUCCAUUCCUUCCUGAGCGGCGGGACGGGCUAUUCCUUCGAGGUGGACUGGUGGUCCCUGGGGAUCAUGGCCUACGAGCUGCUGCGGGGCUGGAGGCCGUACGACAUCCACUCCAACAACCCCGUGGAGUCUCUGGUGCAGCUCUUCAGCACCGUCAGCGUCCAGUACUCCUCAGCCUGGUCCAAGGAAAUGGUCGCGCUGCUGCGGAAGCUGCUGACAGUGAACCCUGAGCAUCGCUUCUCCUGCCUGGCGCACAUCCAGGCCUCGGCCCAGCUCUCGGCCGUGGUGUGGAGCGACGUGUGCGAGAAGCGCGUGGAGCCGGCCUUCGUCCCCAACAAGGGCCGCCUGCACUGUGACCCCACCUUCGAGCUGGAGGAGAUGAUUCUGGAGUCGAGGCCCCUGCACAAGAAGAAGAAGAGGCUGGCAAAGAACAAGUCAAGGGAUAACAGCAAAGAUAGCUCCCAGUCUGAAAAUGACUAUCUCCAGGAAUGCCUUGAAGCUAUCCAGCAGGACUUUGUAAUCUUCAACAGAGAGAAGCUAAAGAAGAGCCAAGAGCAGCCGAGCGAGUCCGUGUCUGCCUCUGAGACCGCCGACGAGGCCGAGGCCGAGGCCGAGCCCCUGCACAUGUGCAGCUCUGUGUGCUCCUCGGGCAGCAGCUAGGCUGGGCCAGGCCGCCCUCACCUGCCCUCAGGUGUGCUGAGCACCCCAGCCCGCCCCGCUG